AUGCCAAUGGCAUCGGAUGCCUGGACCGAAACCUGGUCAGCGUGGUUUGGUGCUGAGUUGCGGUUUGGUACCUCUGAGGGGUCUAUCCGCGUUCGUGAGGAAUCCGGCGGCCCUCGUGGCAGCCGUGCCCGUUGCGUCGUCUCAGGCGCUCAGUACGAUCUGCGGCGGCUGAUCGCCCAGCCCACAGCGUCCUCUGGCCAUGUGGCGCUCGAGGCCUUGGAGUCUGUACAGCAAGAGGCCGAGCUCUCGGAGCGUGCAGGAAAGCAUCCUAACAUUGUGCGGUGCCACGGGAUUCUUGUUCAAAAUGUUGGUCCCUCGCACUGCCAGCUUCUUCUCUGCGAGCCCUGCGGCAUCGACUUGUUGCAGCAUGUGGCGGCCAAAGGUGGGGACAUGGCUGCUGGAGAGCUAGCAGACCUUGGACAGCAGCUGGCCAUGGGCCUUGCGCACCUCCAUGGCCUCAUCCUACUGUAUGGUAGCCUUGCUGCCACCGGUGUGCUGCGAGGGUCCUUGGAUGGUCUCUGGAAGCUGGGAGACUUUUCACGAGCCGCAGCUCUGCCUGUUGCUGCAUCAGAGUGGCGUGGUCGUAGUGGCGCGAAGCCGUGCGAGGUGCCGCCGGAGGCUCGUGGCAGAACAGACGACGCCCUGAAACCUGAGGCGGACGUUUGGCUCUUGGCCUCGUUGCUCUUCGGAACGCUCUGCGGAUCGGCGCCAGGCCCGGGCAUCCGACUUUGGGGAGCCGAAAGCCGCAACAUCCUCGAAUUCCCCAACCUGAACGGGCAACCCUUGAGUGAAAUGCCACUUGUCUCGGUCGGUGGAGGCGAUGCCUUCGCUCUAGCACCUGAGCGGUGGAGCCAGCCUGUGAUCUGCGUCGAGUUUGAUUGCAGUGGCUUAGAGCGCGCAAGUAUGUGGAUAUUUGUGGUGCAAGUGAGCUUGAUGAGACUCUGGCACUUUGACUCGGCCAGGCUCCUGGAUGCUUCUGUGGCGCGCCUUUGGCUGCUGCUGCGAUGGCUUCUUGCUGAGGCUGCAUAG